CACACACACCGACCCUCACACACAGACACGCGCACAUACCGCUCCACACACACCGACCCUCACACACAGACACGCGCACACACCGCUCCACACACACACACCGACCCUCACACACAGACACACACACCGACCAUGCCCUUCGUGACGAGCUGUGCGUGGGCCGCCUGAAUACGUGAAGAGUGUCACAGUCAGUUUCCUCCUCCUGCUCACUCGACUCCUCACACAUUCUCUGCGCGAGAUCAUCAAUUGCUCUCCCCGAGGCACGCAUCUUACGUCCGUCAAUCUCACAUCUUCUCUCACUGACCCUCACAUCUCAUCUCCCUGUGUCUCACAACUUCUCUCACUGACUCACAACUUCUCUCACUGACUCACAACUUCUCUCCCCGUGUCUCACAUCUUCUCUCCCUGAGACUUGCAUCUUCUCUCCCUGAGUCUCGCAUCUUCUCAGCUCCGAGUCUCAAGUCGGCUAGAGGCGGCGUGGCGGCAGGAGAUGAGGUCGCGACUCGCCUCGUGCCUCCUCCUCCUCCUCGGCGUCUUCACGACGCUCUCCUGGCGAGCUGCCGCGGAUAUCAGCAGAGCGACGCGACUGGAAUGGGUCCGACAGGGCGCGGGCAGCGACGCGCUGCUGCGGGCGGGCACCAGGGACGAGGAUCUGGCCGGCGUGACGCAGUUCGAGUGGCAGAGUCUGUCAGCGCCAGACGCGUACACGAUCGUCGCGAGCUGGGAGCCCCAAAGGCCGGACGAUGCCGUGCUGUCCCAGAUGUUUGGAGGCCGCGCAAAACCCUUCGCGAAUGGAUCGCUGCAAAUCAGGGCCCUGCAGCAGAGCGACAGUGGGGCCUUCAACGUGGCUGUGAAGAGGGGAGUGAAAGUAACCAACACCAACAUCAACUUGACCGUCUACGGCCCUCUCGCGGCGUCGGUGAACGUCAGCAAACCGGGGCCUCUCAAAGCCAACAGCGACAACGUGAGCCUCGCUUGCGAGGCCAAUUCCACGGACGGCGUUACAUUCGCGUGGCAGAGGAACGGAGUGGAGCUGACCCGGCGGGACCCGCUGGGCUACUCGCUGUCGGAGGACGGCCGCCUCUUCACCGUCACCCCGGUGCUGCCAGGAGACGACCACUCGCUCACUUGCAGCGCCUCCAACCCGUUCUUCAGCGGGCGGAGCCCAGCCGCGGACAUUGACGUGCACGGCCCCCUCGAGGUGUCGGUGGACGUCAGCUGGCCGGGGCCCCUCAAGGCGGACAGCGACAACGUGACCCUCGCGUGCGUCGCUAACGCCACGAGGGGAGUGGCGGUGGCGUGGCUGAGGAGCGGCAAGGUGCUCGACUCCUCGGACUCGUCGCGCGCGUCGCUCUCGCGGGACCAGACGAGGCUCACCCUGGCGCCGGUCACCACCGGUGACAAUGGCACCAUCACGUGCCACGUGUACAACGCAUUCUACGGCGCGUCCAGUCAAGCGGCGCUGCUUGACGUGCACGGCCCUCUCGCGGCGUCGGUGAACGUCAGCAAACCGGCGCCUCUCAAAGCCAACAGCGACAACGUGAGCCUUGCUUGCGAGGCCAAUUCCACGGAUGGCGUUACAUUCGCGUGGCAGAGGAAUGGAGUGGAGCUGACCCGGAGGGACCCGCUGGGCUACUCGCUGUCGGAGGACAGCCGCCUCCUCACCGUCGCCCCGGUGCUGCCAGGAGACGACCACUCGCUCACCUGCAGCGCCUCCAACCCGUUCUUCAGUGCGCAGAGCCCAGCCGCGGACAUUGACGUGCACGGCCCCCUCGAGGUGUCGGUGGACGUCAGUUGGCCGGGGCCGCUCAAGGCAGACAGCGACAACGUGACCCUCGCGUGCGUCGCCAACGCCACGAGGGGAGUGGCGGUGGCGUGGCUGAGGAGCGGCAAGGUGCUCGACUCCUCGGACUCGUCGCGCGCGUCGCUCUCGCGGGACCAGGCGAGGCUCACCCUGGCGCCGGUCACCGCGGGUGACAACGGCACCAUCGCGUGCCACGCGUCCAACGCAUUCUACAGCGCGUCCAGUCAAGCGGCGCUGCUUGACGUGCACGGCCCCCUCGAGGUGUCGGUGGACGUCAGCUGGCCGGGGCCCCUCAAGGCGGACAGCGACAACGUGACCCUCGCGUGCGUCGCCAACGCCACGAGGGGAGUGGCGGUGGCGUGGCUGAGGAGCGGCAAGGUGCUGGACUCCUCGGACUCGUCGCGCGCGUCGCUCUCGCGGAACCAGGCGAGGCUCAGCCUGGCGCCGGUCACCACGGGUGACAAUGGCACCAUCGCGUGCCACGUGUCCAACGCAUUCUACAACGCGUCCAGUCAAGCCGCGCUGCUUGACGUGCACGGCCCCCUCGAGGUGUCGGUGGACGUCAGCUGGCCGGGGCCGCUCAAGGCGGACAGUGACAACGUGACCCUCGCGUGCGUCGCCAACGCCACGAGGGGAGUGGCGGUGGCGUGGCUGAGGAGCGGCAAGGUGCUCGACUCCUCGGACUCGUCGCGCGCGUCACUCUCGCGGGACCAGACGAGGCUCAGCCUGGCGCCGGUCACCACGGGUGACAACGGCACCAUCACGUGCCACGCGUCCAACGCAUUCUACAACGCAUCCAGUCAAGCGGCGCUGCUUGACGUGCACGAGGCGGUCUCCAAGCCCACGUUCACGCUGACCCCGGCCACAGCAGUGGAAGGGAAGGACACCGUCGGGGGCCGGUGCAGUUGCAAGAGCGCCGGCAGCGCCGGCAGCAGCAGCGGCUGUGGCGGCGGUGGCGCCGGCUCGGCGCCGCGGGUCUCCUGGCUCCGCGGCGGCCGCGAGUUCAGUCCCGGCGAGCGCCGCGGCAGCGAGAUGAAGAUGGGGCCGGUGCGCCGGGAGGACCGGGGCAGCUACGGCUGCCGCGUCAGCAACGCCGUGAGCGUGGAGAGCAGCGACCCACAGGCGCUCGUCGUCAUCUGGCUGGAUUUGCUUCCAGGCAAACUCGUCGCCACCACCGCCUUGAAUCACGAGGGGAACUUGAGCUGCAUAGCCAACGCGUCUCCGACCCCCAAGUUCUCGUGGUUCAGGAACGGCACGCCGGUGGGCCCCGCCAAGGAGGCCUCCGACGGGACGCUCUGCACCUCCACGCUGCUCGUAGCGGGCGGCACGGACUCGCUCCUGGGCGAGUACACGUGCGUGGCCACCAACGAGGUCGGCUCGCGGAACCGGACGAUCGUCGUCACAGACGCCAAGCUGUCCUCGUUCACCGUCUUCCUGGAUGCCCACAAGCGCUGGGCGCUGCUCAGGUGGACUCUCAAGAGGUGGGGGGGCGACAACAACGGCGGCGACUGGGGGGCCCUGACCGCGGUCGUCGUUCAGCGGAACGCUUCGCCCGCCCCGCUGAGCCGAGCGACGCCCGCCGCGUGGACGCUGGUGGCGCGCGUGCCGCCCACCGCCCAGGGGACGCACAACGACUCGCAGCUGGCGGGGGCCACGGCGCCCGCCUACCGGCUGCUCCUGGAGUUCGGAGACGUGACGCAGGAGGAGGAAUCGGCCAUCGCCGGGCUCAGGGUCACGUGCCUCGACCCAGAGGGUGCAGACUGCGCCGCCGACUCGACACCCCCACGCGACAAGGUGGCCGAGACCGGCAUCGUGGUGGGCUCGGUCCUGGCCGUCAGCCUCGUCGUCAUCGGCCUCCUCGCCAUCGUCUGCUUCAGGAAGCGCAAGCUGCCAGGACAAUUUGAUGCAAAGGCAGCUGCAAGACGCCCACAGGUCUACGCAGGCGACGUGGUUCCUAAGCAGACGUCACCAACAACAACAGAACGCGACAUCCUAUCCGCCCUGCCCCCCAACACCGCUCCACGUGACAGUGACGGCGGCGGUGAUGAAGUCGUCGUGGCCAACGUGAUCGACAGAAGGGACGGCUUGGCCGAGCUGUGGGAGGAGGAGGAGGAGGAGGUGGUGGUGCGGGAGAACGGUCACUACGUGAGCUAUGACACGAGCCGGAGCAGCGUCCCUCAACAGCAGCAGCAGCAGCAGCCUCCCUCGCAACUCCACGAGCCCGGCCACCACGACGAGCUCGAGGUGACGGAGACCAAUCACAACUUGAGCCACAUCGUGGAGAACAACAACCUCCAUCAACAACAACAACAACAGCAACAACAACAGCCUCCCUCGCAACUCCAGGAGCCCGGCCACCAUGACGAGCUCGAGGUGACGGAGAACCACCACGACUUGAGCCACAUCGUGGAGAACAACAACCUCCCUCAACAACAACAACCUCCCUCAACAACAACAAUAACAGCCUCCCUCAACAACAGCCUCCCACAACAACAACAGCCUCCCUCAACAACAACAGCCUCCCACAACAACAACAGCCUCCCACAACAACAACAGCCUCCCUCAACAACAGCCUCCCACAACAACAACAGCCUCCCACAACAACAACAGCCUCCCUCAACAACAACAACAACAGCCUCCCUCAACAACAACAGCCUCCCACAACAACAACAGCCUCCCUCAACAACAACAAUAACAACCUCCCUCAACAACAACAAUAACAGCCUCCCUCAACAACAACAGCCUCCCACAACAACAACAGCCUCCCUCAACAACAACAACCUCGCUCAACAACAACAACAGCCUCCCUCAACAACAACAGCAGCCUCCCUCGUCAGGCGACAGCCAGAGUUGUGGAGACAUCCUGCCUGUUUCAAGCACGCAGUGUAACCUGGUCAUGGCCAAGCACGCCGCAAAUGCUGAAAUGUGACCUGCAAGUCACUUGAUUGAGAUCACACAACAACAACAACAACCGCAGCAGGAGCAGCAGCAGCAGCACCCCAACCCCGACAACUCGGCAGGACCCUGCUACAACAGUGCGGUGUCUCUGUCCCGAUGUUCAAACUUCUUUCGCACCCUGCGUCGCCAACCGUGCUCACCGGGGUUACGGAAGACGCUGGAGGCUUUGCUGGGUAGCAAGCAACAAUAACAAUACGGAUCAUUGUUAGGUGAACGUGUCAAGCAAAGGUACAAUUGUGGCGUUGUGCGUGGACCGGUCCAUUCACUAUCGUGACACAUAUCCUCCCAUUGCCGAGUGUCACCCUGCUGAUGGUUCUGUUAUCGUCGAUUCAAUUUACACUUUGCCAUCGCUCGAGUCGUGCUGCUGUCGUGGAGUGUGAACACAAAAAACAACUUCCCUGUGAAACCCACGCCUGUGGCCAGGGCCGAUGACUUAAACAUUCAUCAAUUGUCUAUUUCAUUUUAUCCCCUCCCCCCAUGAACCCCCUGACCCACGUGAACAACAUUUCCAGGUUCCAUGGCCCACAGGGAGGGGCAAACCCCAUCGCUUAUUAAUGUUUAGUUUCAUUACCUAAGGUGUUUUAUUUGUCGCUCCGCUAUAAAUAGGAUUUGACGCGAUAUACAAAUUAAAUGUUUAUUAUUGUUCUACUCCACUUCUCUGAGAGCCAAUUUAGAGAUACCAGAACAAACAAUCAGACGGUGAUCACAACAGAGAAAUGAGUCCAUGAAGUGAACAUCCCAGACCACAGGUUCCAACUUCUCACACAAGCCAGGAAAGUUUCACAGGAGGUCACCAGUCAUUUAGACCCAAGGUCACCACCCAUUUAGACCCAAGAGGUCACCACCCAUUUAGACCAAGAGGUGACCACCCAUUUAGACCCAAGAGGUCACCACCCAUUUAGACCCAAGAGGUCACCACCCAUUUAGACCAAGAGGUGACCACCCAUUUAGACCAAGAGGCGAUGUUUUAUUUAAAGUUACCACGACUCAAUCUUCACGCCCUUCCCAUCACUCGCGCAGCGCGGGAACGAUGUCACAGCGUCUCCACAGCCGUCAACCCCUUGUCAGUGCCCUGCCUUGUGACAGACCAACUCAGACCUGACUGGUCACCCCGCGCCCUGAUACAUCUCAACGCUCAUCCUACAAAGUCACAUCACAAGAGAGAAACACAAACAUAAAAAAAUAUUUGCUCGUAUUGAAACGGCUGUAUGCCGUAUGGGCCUGAAAACUCUGUUUCCCUGUACAAGAAUAAGGGGUAAACCGUAUGGGUUGACAGAUUUGAUAAUCUGUUUACAUUCACUUGUUAUAUUUUUAGGCAUUUUUUUAUUCAUGGAAUCUGGAAUUUUUACAUGCACAGUGCAGCACUUUGUGAUGUUUAAAUAAAGGAGCAGUAUGGGAAAAAAGUGACUAAGGGGAAAACCCAACAACAAUUGUCACUGGGCACAUAACUCACCCAUGUCCCCAGGGCUGGGGAUACAGUUGUGAGUGUGUGGGUGGGUGUGUGUGUGCGCGCGUGUGUGUUGUACCGGGGGAAUUUCCAUUUGGUACAAAUAUAAUGGGAGGCUGAUCCAUGCCCGGGUGCGGUCAAGGGAUUGCUCCCGAAUUGCUCAACCACGUUAUGUAUGCCGAUGAUUUGGUAAUUGCUGCUCAUUCAGAGGAGGAGUUGGAGACGAUGCUGCUGAGACUGGAGCUUUCCACUAAGAGGUGGGGCCUUACCAUCAGCUCCACCAAAACUAAGCACCUGCCUGGGUAUUUUGUAGCAUCGGACACUCCACCCCCACAACUCCCAAUCGGUGAUGGGGCAUUUGUGGAGUGAGUGGAGAGUUUCCCAUACCUGGGCAGUGUGCUUAUGACCGGCUCCAGUUUAACAGCAGAGGUCUCACUCCGAAUCUUUGAAUCAGUUGCGUAACGCUGUGUAGAAGCUACCUCGUCUGUCGCUCCGCACGAAGCUUCAGGUCUUCUCGGCUACAGUCAUUCCCUCCCUUAUCUACGCUUGCGAAACGUGGACCCCCCCCCCCCCUAAUGGAACAUCUUCGCCGGUUAGAAACAUUUAGGCUAGCCUGCCUACGAUCCAUCCUGGGUUAACCAGGCUGGAAUGUGUGAGGAGCUCACAAAUCCUUGAAAGAUGUGGAAAAGGUCCCAUCGGUGAGCUCCUCCGGCAGGCAAGGCUGCGUUGGCUGGGUCAUGUAGCCCGCAUGCCCAGCCACUGCAUGCCUAAAAAGCUUUUAUUUCGCCGGAUCGAGGGGGCUAAAUGAGUGCGGCACGGGCUAGAGA